GCCGUUCUCGCUUGUGUCCCGGCUCCGCCGCGGCCGCUCCGCCGCUCCUUUUCCCGGGCGCCUCGGUGCGCUCCGCCAACGGCCUCUGCGAGCGCUCGCCCGAGCGCCCCGGAGCCGGCGGGCGGCGGCCCUCUCUCCGGGGACUCUCCAGCGGGCCCAGGGGACAAAAGUGGCUCUCAGUCUAGCACAUGUGCAUUGGAGCAGUUUAAGGAUUUAAUAUGAAGCACAGAAGCAGAUAGUGCCAAAUAGCAAGCCCGUUGUUUCACAUUUGGUGAGUGGGGCCGCAUUUCCUUCUCCCACUGCUGCUGAGAUGGCAGAAAUUAGCCGAAUUCAGUACGAGAUGGAAUACACUGAAGGUAUUAGUCAGCGGAUGAGGGUCCCAGAAAAACUAAAAGUAGCACCGCCCAACGCUGACCUGGAACAGGGGUUCCAAGAAGGAGUUCCGAACGCCAGUGUGAUCAUGCAAGUCCCAGAGAGGAUCGUCGUUGCAGGAAAUAAUGAAGACGUUUCAUUUUCAAGACCAGCAGAUCUUGACCUUAUCCAGUCCACUCCCUUUAAACCUCUGGCACUGAAAACACCACCACGUGUGCUCACACUCAGUGAGAGACCACUAGAUUUCCUGGACUUAGAAAGACCACUCCCAACUCCUCAAAAUGAAGAAAUCCGAGCAGUUGGCAGGCUAAAAAGAGAGCGUUCUAUGAGUGAAAAUGCUGUUCGCCAGAAUGGACAGUUGGUCAGAAACGAUUCCAUGUGGCACAGAUCAGAUUCUGCCCCAAGAAAUAAAAUUUCAAGGUUCCAAGCAUCGAUUUCUGCACCGGAGUACACUGUGACACCAUCGCCACCACAGGCUCGGGUCUGUCCUCCCCAUAUGCUACCUGAAGAUGGAGCUAAUCUUUCCUCUGCCCGUGGCAUUUUGUCGCUUAUCCAGUCUUCUACUCGUAGGGCUUACCAGCAGAUCUUGGAUGUGCUGGAUGAAAACCGCAGUGUGAGAAGACAAAAUGAGAUACGUUGUGAAAGACCUGUGUUGCGUGGUGGGUCAGCUGCCGCCACUUCUAAUCCUCAUCAUGACAACGUCAGAUAUGGCAUUUCAAACAUAGAUGCAGCCAUUGAAGGAGCGUCAGAUGACAUGACUGUGGUAGAUGCAGCCUCAUUAAGACGUCAGAUAAUCAAAUUAAAUAGACGUCUACAACUUCUGGAAGAAGAAAAUAAAGAACGUGCUAAAAGAGAAAUGGUCAUGUAUUCAAUUACCGUAGCAUUCUGGCUGCUUAAUAGCUGGCUCUGGUUUCGACGCUAGAGGUAACCUCAGCAUUCACAAACAUUGUCUCAACACCUGGAAAUAUAAAGGAUUUGCAAACUUCACUGUUUCUGUCUUUGCAUUGUAUGCCGUUUUUUCUAGUCCAAGCCCUGAAAAUGUAUUUCUUCCAGAGCGCAGGGAGGACCUGCGUCUGUAAGUAAAGGCCUGUUCUUGUUGCUCAUCUGCAGUCAGCCAGUUCUGCAGUGGCGCCUACACAUGCUCCUUUUGCAUGUUUUGUAAAUAAACUCUUGGUUUGUUUGUUUUUAAAGAAAAUAAUUUUUUUGGCCUCAUCAGUCUGUAUAGCUAAUUCUCUAAACAGAAAUGACAGUCAUAAAGCGUGAGUCUAGAAAACUACCUGGAAAAGAAUAGUGUUUCGUCCUGUUCCUCAGAUGAUUAAACAGUUUCUUUGAUAGAUGCUUUUUGUAUCUGCAUCUCAACAUUAAUGCUUUUGAAGUCAUAGUCUGGUGCAGGACUUAAGAAAAAUCAAACCACCUAAUUCUUCUUGAUCACCUGUACAGAUGGAAUUUAGAAAAUCCCAACAAUUGAGCAGUUUAUCUGUGUGCAAUUUGUUGUUCUUUCAUCUUAGUUUUCUAUAAAAUAUGUUUUUACCAAGUCCAUGUGUGAAUGGUUUAAAAACGUAAAAAAUAAGGUAUAAAUGUAGUGUGCUUAAUAAACUGUCAACCAAA